AUGCUUGAAAAGGUUCCUCCUGCAACUACUGAGGUCCCCACUCCGACAGGGCCUCAGGAACCGUCGUUGGAACAGCAGAAUGGUGUGCGUAUCGCAGAAGCCGUGACCAAGUCAUGGUCUAAAAGCACUUUGAUCCAGGUGUAUAUCUGCAUGUGGCUCAUGUACUUUGUACGAGCGCUCAAUGGAAGCCUGACAAGCAAUCUAGCCCCAUACAUCACCAGUGACUUUAGUAAUCAUUCGCUACUCCCUGUCAUUCAAAUCGUCGUUAGUAUCAUGAGUGCGGCAUGCACGAUGCCAAUUGCCAAGCUGCUGAACCUAUGGGACCGCACCGUUGCGCUAAGCCUCAUGCUCGUCGUUGCUAUCAUCGGCCUUAUCGUCAUGGCGUGUUGCCACAAUAUUACCAUCUACUGCGUUGCACAGGCCUUUAUUACGGUGGGCCUUACUGGCCUCAUAUUCUCGCUAGAUGUGUUGACUGCAGAUACCUCCACGGCCCAGGAUCGAGCCCUUGCCUUUGCCUUCACCUCGUCGCCAUACAUUAUCAUGGCCUUCGCCGGAGCGCCGCUUUCUGCCUCCUUCAACGGGCUCAACUGGCGCUGGGCCUACGGCACGAUAGCAAUUCUCCUCCCCGCGGUGACCGUCCCACUGAUCAUCAUUUGGGAGCUUGCCAAACGCAAGGCCCAGCAGACAGAAACACUAACCCCCGUCCAUGCCGAACGUUCCUUAAUCCAGCACAUCCGCUACUAUCUCAUCGAAUUCGACAUUAUGGGCAUCCUCCUCCUGAUCGCCGGCUUCUCCCUCUUCCUACUCGCAUUCGCGCUGGCCGGCUCGCAGCCCCAGAAAUGGCAUUCCACGCACAUCAUCUGCAUGAUAGUGAUCGGCGGCGUGACGAUCAUCGUCUUCGCCGCAUACGAGCGCUUCUUCGCCUCCAAACCCCUAGUCCCCUACAACCUCCUCGUGUCCCGCACGGUGACGUUCACCUGCCUCCUGAACCUAACCUACGUCAUCGCCGCCGACUGCUGGGCCAGCUACUUCACCUCCUUCCUGCAGGUGGUCUACCACGUCUCGCUCACAGAAGCAGGCUACGUCGUCGCGAUCUCGAACCUGAUCUCGCCGCUGUGGCUCGUGGGCGUCGGCUUCCUAGUCCGCUGGACGGGGCGCUUCAAAUGGCUCCUCCUCUGCGCAAUCCCAGUGUACCUGCUUGCCAUCGGGCUGAUGAUCUACUUCCGCUCCCCGGGCCACAGCAUCGGCUACAUCUGUCUGUGCGAGACGGCCGUCACCACCGCAACCGAGCACAACGACUACGCCUCCAUGCUGGCCCUGCUCGGCUGGGUGGGUAGCAUCGGCGGCGCAAUCGGGAACAGUAUCUCCGGGGCGAUCUGGACAAACACCCUGCCCCAGAAGCUGAGGGAGUAUUUGCCCGACGAUACCAAGGCGCAGUGGAAGGAGAUUAAUGAUUCUCUGUAUGUGCAGCUCAGCUAUGAGGUCGGGUCGCCGACGCGUGUCGCGAUCGAGCGCGCGUAUGCCGUUAGUCAGCGCAAUAUGCUGAUUGCAGGGAUUGCAUUCAUGGCGUUGACCGUUGUGUGGGUGUUGGGUAUUAAGGAUGUGAGGGUUAAGGGGAGGGAUAAUAAGGGGAGGGUGCUUUUUUAG